AUGAAACAACAAUCUGCAAGAGAAGACGGCUUUAAGAGAUUGCAUUCCCUCCCCCUUCCCUCCUUCCCUCCUUCCCUCCUUCCCUCCCUUCUCCCCCUUCCCUCCUUCCCUCCUUCCCUCCUUCCUUCCCUUCUCCCCCUUCCCUCCUUCCCUCCUUCCCUCCCUUCUCCCCCUUCCCUCCUUCCCUCCUUCCCUCCCUUCUCCCCCUUCCCUCCUUCCCUCCCUUCCCUCCCUUCUCUCCCUUCCCUCCCUUCCGUCCCCUCCCUCCUUUCCCUCCAAUCCCUCCCUUCUCCCCCCUCUCUCCCUUCACUCCCUCUCUCCCUUCUCUGCCUUCUCUCCCUGAUCUCCCAUCUCUCCUUUCCCUUCCUUCUCACCCGUCCCUCCCUUCCCUCCCUUCCAUCCCUUCCCUCCCUUCUCUCCCUUCCCGCCCAUCUCUCCCCCCCUACCACCCUUUUCUCCCUUCCGUCUCAUCCUGACUUCCAAUCUUCCAACUCUCCCUUCCCUCCCUUCCCUCCCACUCAUCCCGACUUCCAAUCUUCCGUCUCUCCCUUCCCUCCCUUCUAUCCCGUCCCUCCCUUCCCUCCUUCCCUCCCUUCCCUCCCGUCCCUCCCUUCCCUCCUUAACUCCCUUCCCUCCCUUCUCUCCCUUCCUUCCCUCCCCUCCCCUCCCUCCUUUCCCUCCAAUCCCUCCCUUCUCUCCCUUCCCUCCCUUCCCUCCCUUUCUCCCAUCCAUCCCUUCUCUCCCUGCUCUCCCGUCUCUCCUUUCCUUCCCUUCUCUCCCGUCCCUCGCUUUCCUCCUUCCCUCCGUGCCCUCCGUUCCCUUCGUUCCCUCCGUGCCCUCGUGCCCUCCGCUUCCCUCCUUCCCUCCCUUCCCUCCGUUCCCCCCGUUACCUCCCUUCCCUCCGUGCCCUCCGUUCCCUCCCUUCCCUCCCGUUCCCCUGCGUGUCGCACGCCCUUUCCCCCUCGACUGUCCGCCAUUUCCCCCUCUUUCCUGUUCGCUCGCUCCCUCGAUAGCACUCCCUAUCCCCCUCCUUUCGCACUACCUUGCCCCCACGUUUUGCAAUCCCCUUCCCCCUCGAUAGCUCUCCCUUGUCUACACCCCCUGCCCCCAUGUGUAACUCUCCCCUGCCCCCAUGUGUAUCUCUCCCCUGCCCCCAUGUGUACCUCUCCCCUGCCCCCACGUGUAUCUCUCCCUUGCCCCCAUGUGUAUCUCUGCCCUUGCCCCAUGUGUAUCUCUCCCCUGCCCCCACGUGUAUCUCUCCCCUGCCCCCAUGUGUAUCUCUGCCCUUGCCCCAUGUGUACCUCUCCCCUGCCCCCACGUGUAUCUCUCCCCUGCCCCCAUGUGUAUCUCUCCCCUUGCCCCAUGUGUAUCUCUCUCCUGCCCCCAUGUGUAUCUCUCCCUUGCCCCCAUGUGUAUCUCUGCCCUUGCCCCAUGUGUAUCUCUCCCCUGCCCCCAUGUGUAUCUCUCCCCUGCCCCCAUGUGUAUCUCUCCCCUGCCCCCAUGUGUAUCUCUCCCCUGCCCCCAUGUGUAUCUCUCCCCUGCCCCCAUGUGUAUCUCUCCCCUGCCCCCAUGUGUAUCUCUCCCCUGCCCCCAUGUGUAUCUCUCCCCUGCCCCCAUGUGUAUCUCUCCCCUGCCCCCAUGUGUAUCUCUCCCCUGCCCCCAUGUGUAACUCUCCCCUGCCCCCAUGUGUAUCUCUCCCCUGCCCCCAUGUGUAACUCUUCCCUGCCCCCAUGUGUAUCUCUCCCCUGCCCCCAUGUGUAUCUCUCCCCUGCCCCCAUGUGUAUCUCUCCCCUGCCCCCAUGUGUAUCUCUCCCCUGCCCCCAUGUGUAUCUCUCCCCUGCCCCCAUGUGUAACUCUCCCCUGCCCCCAUGUGUAACUCUCCCCUGCCCCCAUGUGUAUCUCUCCCCUGCCCCCAUGUGUAACUCUCCCCUGCCCCCAUGUGUAACUCUCCCCUGCCCCCAUGUGUAUCUCUCCCCUGCCCCCAUGUGUAUCUCUCCCCUGCCCCCAUGUGUAUCUCUCCCCUGCCCCCAUGUGUAUCUCUCCCCUGCCCCCAUGUCUCCAGCCAGGGGCCGGGUGUGCCUUCCUUCCCUCAUAUGCACCAGAGAUGAGGCCCUGGACCAGCCACGCUCCAUCCCGCACCCGUCACCUCUCUCCCAAUCAGGGAAUCAGGCGUGCACACCUCCCGCGCCCCCCUUCUGUCCCCGGUCCCCAGUGCACAUGUCGUGCCUUCCAUCCCACAUCGGAGCCAUGGAUGAGGCCUUGCACCAUCCACACCCCUUCGGGCUGCCCCCUAUCACUCACCCCCCCCCUAUCCUAGCAUCAGGUGGGUUGCAUACUCACACAUGCAGUCCCGUAUCUUUUGAUUGCGUCUAA